AUGAGUAACACGGACUUCUUGGGUCGGGCGAUUGACACGGUCAAGAAGGCCAUUGAGAAUGACAAUGAGGGCGAAUAUGAGAAGGCUUAUCAGCUCUACUACUCCGCAUUGGAGUUGUUCAUGCUCGCGCUCAAGUGGGAGAAAAACCCCAAGUCCAAGGAGAUGAUUCGCGCCAAAACUGGAGAAUACAUGGACCGCGCCGAGAAGCUGAAGAACCAUCUGGCUUCAGCAGAUAAGAAGAAACCGAGCGCCGUGGGGGCGAAUGGAAAGGUCGCGGCGCCAGGAAGCGGGAAAGGAGGUGACGAGAGCUUCCUACGAUUGUUCUGCGCUGACCUGUAUUCUCGAACUAGGAGCCAAGAGGAUGACAAUGGCGAGGACGCGGAGGCCAAAAAGCUCCGGUCGGCUCUCCAGGGUGCUAUCCUGUCAGAUAAGCCGAACGUCAAGUGGGAGGAUGUCGCCGGUUUGGAGAGCGCGAAGGAAGCCUUGAAAGAGGCGGUCAUUCUUCCCAUAAAGUUCCCGCACCUGUUUACUGGCAAGCGGCAACCCUGGAAAGGUAUCUUGCUCUACGGUCCCCCGGGUACCGGAAAGUCCUAUCUUGCAAAGGCUGUUGCGACCGAGGCGAACAGCACUUUCUUCAGCGUCAGUAGUAGUGACCUGGUAUCGAAGUGGAUGGGCGAGAGUGAAAGACUCGUUAAGCAACUGUUUAAUAUGGCUCGCGAGAACAAGCCAGCUAUUAUUUUUAUUGAUGAAGUCGAUGCGCUGUGUGGUCCUCGUGGAGAGGGCGAGUCUGAGGCAUCUCGACGUAUCAAAACGGAAUUGCUCGUUCAAAUGGACGGUGUUGGCAAGGACUCUAGGGGUGUUUUGAUCCUGGGCGCUACCAACAUUCCCUGGCAGCUGGAUGCUGCCAUCAGGCGACGUUUCCAACGCCGAGUCCACAUCAGUCUUCCGGAUAUCAAUGCGCGGAUGAAGAUGUUCAUGCUGGCCGUGGGCUCGACACCGUGCCACAUGACCCAGGCGGAUUACCGGACAUUGGCCGAAAUGAGCGAAGGCUACUCUGGUAGUGAUAUCAGUAUUGCUGUGCAAGAUGCACUGAUGCAGCCUAUUCGCAAGAUUCAAACGGCCACGCAUUAUAAGAAGGUUGUUGUCGAGGGUGUCGAGAAGCUUACUCCCUGCUCGCCAGGCGAUGCCGGCGCAGUUGAGAUGACUUGGCUCAGCGUCGAAGCUGAGCAGCUUUUGGAACCCCCACUCGUUCUGAAGGACUUCAUCAAGGCGGUUAAGAACUCCCGGCCUACGGUCAGUCAGGAGGAUCUUACAAGGAACUCGGAGUGGACCAAGGAGUUUGGUAGCGAAGGCGCAUGA